AUGGAUUUUCAGGUAACGGUAUCUUUGACACCAUAUGAUUUAGCCGUUUUAGUUUCCAUAUACUUGCAUUGCAUUCAAGAUGCCAAAAUCCCUUGGAAAGCCUUUGAAGAACUUAUUUGUCCAACCAUUGAAUCAAGUUUUUUUGAUCCACUUAUCGAUCGAGAUUCUGUGUAUAAUGGUCUCACUCGGCCUCUGAUUCCCAACUUGGCGGAUAUCAUUCAACGUCUCUCCGAUAUUAAAGGAAUGGACACUGUGUUGGUAGAUUAUAUAAAUUGCAUCACAUCUAUCAACACAUUAGAAACGUUCUAUAAUAUGCUAAAGGCACUUAAUAUAUUUUGUUUGGUUAAGACCACCGAAGAAAUUACAGAGAGAAAGAAACUUAACCCGUCAGCCAAUUUUGUUUACUUCACAGAAAGAAGUUUUUUAGGAAAAUAUGUUGUUAAUUCUUUAAUGAAGAUCGAAAUUGGUGGGUUCGAAGAUAAGAAUCUUUUAUUACAUUGCUUUAAGAAGUUUGUAUGUGAAUUCACACAAACAGAUAUAUAUAAAUCUUGGAAAUCGUCUAUUCAUGACAUAAGAUCGUCGUUAAUAUCCUGGGGGUUGGUAUCUAACGAAUACAAAGAAGAUGAAAAUAUGAUUGACGUUUUUAGCAGUUUUACUCGGAACUUGGAACGUAAUGAGCCGCCUGAUCUAAUGGUGACGACAAAUCAUUUAGAAAAUAUUUUAGAUUGGUAUUUAUUCAAUUUGGUAAAUGAAACAGCUGAUUUUAAGAAUGAUCCUUCCUAUAGAUUUGUUCAAUUAAUUACUGAUGAUAUAACACUGCAUAAUAAAAGUCUUUUCCCAAGAAUCCAUGUAAUACAAUACCUGAGGUUUCUCGACUCGAAUUCUUAUGAUGAUGCCUUUAGAGCAUUACAUAAUUAUUUUGAUUAUGUUUUAAGUCAAAAUACAGACGCAUAUUUCCAUAUUUCAUCAUUGUGUUUAGCUGCUUUCUAUACACACUUUCAUGAUGCAGAACUUGCCAUUAAAAGUUUUGACGAAGCCACAAAGGUAGCAAGAGAAAAUAGAGAUGCGCUUACAUUGAAUUUGAUAAUAGUAAGAAUAAUAAAAUUUAUUGAGAAUUAUCCAGAAUAUUCUGCACAAUUCAACGUUAAAGUGGAACAGAUAACCAGAUUUUUAAAAUCUAGUUCAGAUUCUAUUGACGCUUCAAUAUUUGAAAGUGCAUAUCGAUUUGACUCAGUGACAUUAUUUCGGCGUCAAGAUGAUCAGAUUUCCAUGUUUGAAGCAAUAUAUAAAUAUAGCGUUCUUUCCAUGGAACAACUAAAAUCCGAAAGAGGAUUGAAUAAUCUGAUGCUGUUUAAGAGAAAUUUUUGGAACGAAAUCGGAUUCCCAUCUCUGGGAAAUAUAUACGAUGAAUUUACUAAAUCCAGUUUGGUUGUUAAAGAACUAGAUCAGAUGUACACACACCUUGAGUCGAACAACCUAGAUGUUGUAAAACGAUAUCUUAAAACAAUAAAUUUUAAGGUUCUGAACUAUAAUGAGCGGAUGCGAGCAAAGAUAUUGCAAGUACGAUAUUUGAGAAUAAUUGGUGAGUAUGAUUCAGCAUUGGUGAUAAUUGAAGAAUGUAUCAAACAAUGUGUAUCUAUAUGUUCUGAUUAUAGAAUGAAAACUAAUUUUGAAACUGAGAAAUGUUUUUUAUUUUUGGAUGCUGAUCUUGGAAGUAGAUGUUUACAUCUUGCAACUAAGUUAUUUAAAUAUAACCAAUCAACACAAAACGGGCCAGGUAUGACUAAAUGUGUUUUUAUUUUAUACCAAAUACUAAAGAGAGAUGUUAAGAUUCAAGACGCACAUCAACUAUUAGAGCAGAAUAUGGUUAAUAUCAUGCAAUAUUCCAAAUUUAGAGAGCAGGCUUUAUCUUAUUAUAACGAUUAA